AACAGUGAUUAUCGUAUUAAUCAACAGUGCUUCGAAAUUUAUUUGUAUUGAAAUUUCUUCGAGAUUAGAAAAAUAUUGGAAGUCAAGCGGAAACCUCCACUGGCUGACUUGUAAGGUUAUCGGAAUAUAUUGUACUGCAUAUCACUUUGCAUACGGACAUACGGAUUACGGGUACCAAUUUAUUCAGAACGAAUAUUCAUCCAAGUGCCACCGAGUCGGAGAUUUUAUUACGCACAUCCAUAUUUUGACGCAAUGGCUGACACCGUAGGCAAAGUCAUUAAAUGCCGUGCUGCUGUAGCUUGGAAAGAGAAAGAGCCGCUCUCAAUCGAAGAGAUUGAAGUUGCACCUCCGAAAGCACAUGAAGUUCGCAUCAAAAUAAAAGCUACUGCACUUUGUCACACUGAUGCUUAUACCCUUGGAGGUUCAGAUCCUGAGGGCAUUUUCCCAAGCAUUCUUGGUCACGAAGGAAGUGGUGUUGUUGAAAGCGUUGGCGAGGGAGUAACUGAAUUUCAAAUUGGUGACCAUGUUGUACCUUUGUACAUUCCUCAAUGCGGUGACUGCAAGUUCUGCAAAUCCCCAAAAACAAACCUCUGCAGCAAAAUCCGUAAUACCCAGGGAAAAGGUGUGAUGCCUGAUGGAACAUCAAGAUUCACUUGUAAAGGGAAAACACUAGCUCAUUUUAUGGGCUGUUCAACAUUUUCUGAAUACACUGUUGUGGCGGACAUUUCACUAGCCAAGAUCGAUCCCACUGCUCCUUUUGAUAAAGUUUGUUUGUUGGGCUGUGGAGUUUCAACUGGCUAUGGAGCAGCUUUGAACACUGCUAAAGUCGAGUCUGGCAGUACAUGUGCUGUCUGGGGGCUUGGUGCUGUUGGUCUCGCAGUGGGUUUGGGUUGCAAGGCUGCUGGUGCAUCUCGCAUCAUUGGCAUUGAUCUCAAUCCUGCCAAAUUUGAGCAAGCGAAACAAUUCGGUUUCACUGAAUUCGUAAACCCUAAGGAACAGAAUCGUCCAAUUCAGGAGAUACUUAUCGAAAUGACGGACGGUGGUCUCGACUACACCUUCGAAUGCGUUGGAAAUGUCAAUACAAUGAGGGCCGCUUUGGAAUCUUGUCACAAAGGUUGGGGAACGUCCGUGAUAGUUGGCGUUGCUGCAGCCGGUCAAGAAAUCAGUACACGUCCGUUUCAAUUGGUGACCGGUCGUGUUUGGAAGGGCACAGCUUUUGGAGGAUGGAAAUCAAAGGAAAGUGUUCCAAAAUUGGUGAAGGCUUAUCAAAAUAAAGAAUUGAUGCUCGACGAAUUUGUUACGCACAAUAUGCCUUUCGACAAAAUUAACGACGGUUUCGAGCUGCUGCAUUCCGGCAAUUGCUUGAGAGCCGUUCUGCAUUACUGAAAAAAAAUCUUCAAUUUCUCAUCCAUCGAUCAUGGGCCCGAACAAUAACUUUUUUUCAAGCAUACUGCCUUGUAAAACUGAAAGAAUAUAAUAUUUUUAUGGCACACUA